AUGCUUCUCGUCCGACUGGCGCAGGCGCCAUCAACGACUUCAGUCCACCACGUACACGCCACAGCAACAUAUUCGACUCCUGACUCGACCCACGCAGCUUCACGCAACACGAGCGCAAAUUUGCGGACAAAUGCCCGCCCAAACAUCCCCAGAACUCACUCUGCACCUAACCUACUUUGUUCGAACCACCCAAACUAUCUACCACAAUGUAUUCCCAAACCCGCGACACCUCGUCCUCGUACCCGCCCUCCCCAGCCCAUUCCAGCAUCCCGCUCCCUCCCAAGCCUCUUCACCACCCUCGCCACUCCAUCUCUUCUCUCGGUUGGUCCGGCAGGCUACGUAUACACACUGACGUCGAUGCGCUCGUCGCGAUAUGAGAGUCUGCGUGAUGACUAUGGGAUUCGGUUUCGAGCACGCGGACAUCGAUUGCAGGCGUUGCUCAUGCGGAUGCGUUUGAAGAGGAGUAGUGAUGGUAGAGAAGGGGGAUUGGGGGUGAGGAAUGGGGAUAGGGUCGGGGGUUGGGUGGAGGCGAAGAAGGUGCGGAUUGGGGCGUGGCUUGGGAGGUUGUAG